CAUUAAACAGCACUUUAUGUCUCAUGAAACAUCGAUUUGUCGUUUUCAUGUCAAUCUCCAUGUGUACUACAGAAUGUGACACAGGGAACUAUGGAAUAAACUGUAACAAAGCCUGUGCGGAACGAAAGUGUGUAGCUGGCACCACACCAUGUGAUCGUCAUACCGGGUCAUGUGUCGCUGGAUGCCUUCCUGGGUGGAGAGACAGUGACUGCACCCGAGAAUGUAGCCAAGAUACUUACGGAGACGCAUGCGCGAACAAAUGUCAGGAAAGAAACUGUCAAGGAACUUCGCAAUGUCAUCACGUGACUGGGAAGUGUGAACCCGGAUGUAAGGCCGGAUGGACGGGAGAAGACUGCAGCAGAGAAUGCAACGUCAGCCACUAUGGUGUCGACUGUAAGAAAACAUGUAUCGGGAGGAAGUGUGCUGCCACUAACUCAUCAUGUGACCGCUACAACGGGUCAUGUGACGGUGGAUGUCUCGUGGGUUGGGCGGGUGAUGACUGCACACAAGCUGCCUCGACCUCUGUGGCUGUGAUACCUCUAGCAGCAGGUUUAGUUGCCAUAGUACCGAUAGCCAUGCUGAUUGUUCUCAUCAUCGUCCGAAUCAGAAAAAGUAGGAAACGUACAGCAGAGGAGUCUGCACAGCAAACCGUACACAACUCUGAAGUGAGACCAUCAAGUGGGGCUGACUUGCACUAUUCACAACUGUGUCAACCUGAAUUCAAACACGAGUCAACGCAGGAGAGUGUUUAUGAGCGGCUUGGAGAUGAGGGCGAACAUGGAUCAGUUCCAGGCCUAACAUAUGUGAAUUUGGAAGGAGUAAAUCACAAAUCGGGUGGACGCACGAUUACAGAAACUUCUGUGUAUGAGACUAUUUCCAAAGAGGAGGGCAACACUGACCCUAUUCACGGCCUGUUGAGAGAGAGUGGUCAUCCCUAUGAGAACUAUCCUACCCGCCAUAGCCCUUGCAUCGGUCGAAUGAUUCAAGUGUCAGAUCUGGAGGACUUUGUACGUCAACUGGAGGAACAUCCUAGAGAAGCAGAGGAGGAAUUUAAGAAUUUGCCAGAUGGCUUCAUGCACUGUUACAACGACUCCCAGCUACCACAAAACAAAGGGAAAAACAGAUUUAAAUCCUACUACCCAUAUGACUACAACCGGGUGGUGUUAAACGAUGGCCAGACCAGCAACUACAUCAAUGCCAGCUACAUGGACGGCUACAAGACUGAGAGGAAAUACAUCGCUGCACAAGGGCCCUACAAGCCUGAUGUUGUUGAGGAUUUCUGGAGGAUGAUCUGGCAGGAAGGAUGCACUACGAUCGUCAUGGUGACGGGACUCGAGGAAGGGGGCAAGAUGAAUUGUCUUCGUUACUGGCCGGAAAAAGACCAGGUCUCAUACGGUGACAUCACGGUAACCAUGGAGACAGAAACAUGUCUUGCAAACUACACACUCGCAAUGCUGACUGUGCAACACAAGAAGAAGACAACGAAGCGACACGUGCGUCAUUUCCAUUUUACAACCUGGCUGGAUCGUAGUGUUCCAGAUAUGUAUGCAUUCUUGGAGUUCAGGUGGAAGAUCAAGGAACUAGCUGGAAAACAAAAGCAUCCAAUCACCGUUCACUGCAGCGCCGGCAUUGGCCAGACAGGCACGUACAUCGCUAUUGAUAGUCUCGUGGAGCAGGCUACAACAGAGGGCGUUGUGGACGUUGUCAGCUUCGUCUCCAACUCGAGAAGUCAGAGGAAAGGCAUGAUACAAUCAAAAGAUCAGUACCUGUUCGUGUACCAGGCGGUGGCGAGGGCGGCGGCAGACGGAGACAUGACUCUGGACUCCCGUACGCUGAAGGGAGUGGAUCUUGGCCCCCUUGCUAACCUCACGAUGGGAAACAAGACUGUGCAACAACAUCUUGAGGUGCUUCAGUGUACUCCUGCCCAAAAUACUGAGAUUGACAUCAUUGUUUCAAUGCCUUCACAUGUAUCCACAAAUGGGUUCUACGUCUUGACGUCACUUCCGGACAAAGAGGAAGUUUGGAAUCAAAUUUACAAGACUAGGUCUCGCAGUCUGGUCACGUGGGCACAGGACAAUCAGACAUACCUUCCAUCAACAGAAUCCUCUGUCACAACAUCAAGACUCACAGCAAGCAUGCGCAGUCGCACUAUCAUAAUGGAUGACGUAAACGUCGACACCAUUGAUCUCGUUUCAAAAGAGGACAAUGCAACUUUCACUGUUCAGCAUCACCACUUGACAGGAAGUGUUCGAGAUCACAGUGGGAUGGCUUUGAUCGACUCCUUGCUUGCACUACAUCGACAUCCUUGUACAAUCGUUUCACGCUCCAUGACCGAGACAAGGCUUCUGGUGCUGCUUCUCAACAUCGCCAGCAGAAUUCAGGACGACGGGAAGGUAGACAUCAUCACCAAUAUGCGACGUCUUUACACGCGUCUCGGGGGACGUCCCUUCACUCUGACUGAUGUCUGUUUCUGCCUUGAAUUUUCAAAACAACGCCUUGGGUCUCUUUGAAUCCUUACUGACGCUUCCAUACGUAGCUGUAACCGGAACUUUUUCUGAAAACUUGUUUAUUUUUUUAUCAGUUACUUUAACUACAUUUACUUUCUAACAUGGUUGGAAAGAGAAACAACCCAUGCCCUAGCUGUACAUGCACACACAAUAGGUCAGAUAAAAUAGCUCCAUUUUACACAGACCUAUUCACAUUUAGCUAUGUUUCCUAUUGCGUCCACUCAUUUAGAUAUAGGCAACACAGAUAUACCAUGCAUGCGUGUAUAUAGAAGGUUGUAAUACUCUCACUCCUAUUCUAAUCUCAUUUUUACGACUUGUUGGUUUCCUUAUCUUUGCAUACUAUUUUUUUUCUUGAAAAAGAAAGUUCAUUGCAAACUCAUUCGCAAAAUGAUAUACAUACAUUGUAAUAAUACCUGGCACGUGACAUAUAGGCAGGAGUUGAAAUAACCACUAGAGUCCAUUGUACGAUUCCCAUUGUAUCAUGAGCAUGUGGGUAUGAAAGUAUCAAAGAGAGAUCAUAGCAGGUGGUCGCAGAAAUUUGUCCUGUCACAAACAAAAAUUCCUGUCAACUGACCACUACUCUCUGUUGAUCGCGUAUUCGGGUAUAACCUGCCUAAGUUCCGGACACUUUUAUGAGUAAACUCACUUUUGUGGAUUAGCCUGAAUAUUCACUGAGUAUAAGAAUGAUUUUGUGUUGACAUCCAUGUUUCUUGUACUGCUCGUGCUUAUAUUGAUGCAUCGUUUUGUGCAACUAUGUUCAUUCAUAUCUUUACACCAUAUACGUUUCUGGGUGAUUCAGAAUUUUUCUGAGAGUAAAUGUGUCCUGAGUUCAAGAUACAUUCCACCAUGGCAUAUGGUCGGUUAAAAAGAGGUUUCCUUUGCGCGUAUGAAUACAUCGAUAACCUACAAUCAUAUCGAGUCAUACAAAAAUGGC